AUGAGCUGCGGUGGGGGCAGCGGCGGCGGCAGCCUCGGCGCCGGGGAGCUGCAGCGAGACCCCGCCCCGCUCUCGGAGCCGCCGCCGCCGCCGCCUGGGGUAGCAGCAGCUGGGGAAGCCACAGAGGUCCCGCCAGGACCGGGCCCCAGUGGUUGCUCGGCGGAGGCUGCGGGCGGGGCUGGCCAAGGCGAGAAGCCCGAGACCCGCUCGGUGUGUAGCAACAGCAGCGGGGAAGCCGGCGGGGGCGGCACCGGCCCCAUCUGCAAGAUCUGCUUCCAGGGCGCCGAGCAGAAAAAGAAAAUGAAAGAUGGCUCCUUGUCCCAAAAGGACCUACAAUCUAAAAAGAAACACAAGGGCAAAUUGUUAAAUCCUUGUCGAUGUGAUGGGUCAGUACGGUAUACACAUCAGCUUUGCCUGUUGAAGUGGAUUAGUGAAAGAGGGUCCUGGACAUGUGAACUAUGCUGUUACAGAUACCAUGUUAUAGCAAUUAAAAUGAAAAGGCCUUGUCAGUGGCAAAGCAUUACUGUAACUCUGGUUGAGAAAGUACAGAUGAUUGCUGUAAUUUUGGGGUCACUGUUCUUAGUAGCAAGUGUGACUUGGCUUCUGUGGUCUGCCUUCAGUCCUUAUGCGGUAUGGCAAAGAAAAGACCUCCUUUUCCAAAUCUGCUAUGGAAUGUAUGGUUUUAUGGAUCUAGUGUGCAUAGGACUUAUUGUGCAUGAAGGUGCCUCAGUCUGCAGAGUAUUUAAACGCUGGAGGGCUGUCAAUCUGCACUGGGAUGUAUUAAAUUAUGACAAAGCCACAGACAUCGAAGAGAGUAACCGGGGAGAAUCCUCAGCGGCUAGGACUUUGUGGUUACCACUAAAUGCAUUUAGAAACCGAAGUUUAGUUCAUCCCACACAGUUAACUUCACCAAGAUUUCAAUGUGGCUAUGUUUUGCUGCAUCUCUUCAACAGAAUGAGACCCCAGGAGGAUUCAUCAGAAGACAACAGCUCUGGAGAAGUUGUUAUGAGAGUGACUUCAGUGUAAAAGUUAUGGUUACUGUGCACUCAAGGACAAUGUGCCCUGAACUCUCUUACAGUAUUCUGGAAUGUAGCUGAAUGAAUAGUGAAACCAUAGCACAUAAAAUAUAUAAACUUUUUUUUUAAUUUAUGCUUUUAUAUGAUCAGUUGAAUUGCAAAUACAUUUUCUUGAAAAAUG